AUGUUGAGCCUGAAGAAAAAGCCUCUGCCGAGCUAUCUGCAGUCGCAGAAGAUAACGAAGACGAGGACGAGGAGGCAACGGAAGAAAUUGAUAAAUUUGAGCCAACGGCGCCUGAUGCUGACAUUCUCCCACAACCGCAAGCUAGCAGUGCCGAAAUUGCUUCUCUAUUCUCAUCCUUCACAUUCUUCCUCUCUCGUGAAACCCCAAGAGCACCGCUCGAAUUCAUACUGA